AAGUGUUUCUUAUUCAGAAGAUGACUUCGACACUCCCAGCCGAUAAAAACGAAGAACGCCGACGCAGGGUGUUGCUGGGUCCCCUUCCAGCAGGAUUUCUGCGUGCAGACGGUGUUAACGACACCAUGGAUGCAGAUUACCAAGCUGCAUUGGCUCUACAGCAACAGCUCUGUGGGGCUGCCAUGCCAACAGCUGGCCCUCCUUUGACAGCAAGGCUAAGCAUCACAAUCUCCCAAGCUAAGCUGGUGAAGAAUUACGGUAAGUAACAUUUUUAACAAACCCACCAGAUACAGCAUGGUUCCC